AUGGCAGCAAUGGAAGAUGACUCGUGCAGGAGGGCGGGCUCGAUACCGUUCAAGUGGGAGGUCUGCCCUGGGACGCCGAAGCACACGAGGAGCGCGAGCGCCGCGGCGGCGGCAUCGCCCGCCAAGGUGGCGCCCAAGCUGACGCUGACGCCGCCUCCCUCCAUGGCGUCGUCGCCGUCGCCGUAUUACCACCACUCGUCGGCUUCGUCGCCUCGCGUCACCUCCGCGCGCUCGGCGUCGGUGUCACCUUCCCGGCGCCGGCCCUACGCGUAUGCCGGCGGUCACCGCCGAGCGCCGCCCACCGCCUUCAUCGACGCCGCGCCUCGGCCAGCGGCGAAGGAGUACGGCAGCGCCGCGCCUCGGCCAGCGGCGAAGGAGUACGGCAGCGCCGCGCCUGAGCCAGAUACGGCGGCGUUUGGGUGCUUCGCUCUGCCUAUGCUCCGGAGGAAAGGCAGCAAGAAAGGCGCCGGCCUCGGGUCCGCGUCCAGCUUCAGCUCCAGCUCCAGCUCGUCUGGAGGCAGCUUCAGGUCGGACGGCGGAGGGCUGGGGAUGCGGCGGUCGGCGUCGAUCUCAUCGGCCUCGUCGUUGCCACUGCCGCCCGGGAGGAGGUACGCCGCCCAAGCGAGGGCGGAGGUGGAUGCUGCAACUGGCCGUGGCUGGUACUUUUGA